AUGGCGCGGGCGGCGGGCGCGCGGUGCGGGCGGUGUGCGCGGUGCGGGCGGUGCGGGCGGUGCGCGCUCCUCGCCUUCGCCGCGUGGACCGCGGGCUGGGUGCUGGCGGCCGCGCUGCUGCUCCGCGCGCACCCGGGCGUCUUCUCCGAGCGCUGCACCGACGAGAAGAGCCGGCGCAUCCUGGCCGCGCUGUGCCAGGACUACCGGGGCGGCUGGCUGGUGGGCGACCUCUGCGAGGACCUGUGCGUGGCUGGGGAGCUGCUGUACCAGCGCUGCCUGUACUACGAGCGUGGCAAGAAGGUGCUGCAGGCCCAGUGGCGGGGGAGGCCCGUGGUGCUCAAGUCCAAGAGGGAGGCCUUCUCCAGCUUCCCGCCGCUCGGCAUGCUGCAGGAGGAGGAGGCUGGGCAGAGGGGCCAGGGGGUCCCAGAGGCGGAGCUCCUCCUGGUGCUGGCCGGGGAAGUCAAGAACGCCCUGGGCCUGGAGCUGCCCAACAGCAGCAUGGGGCCCCUGUGGCCUGGCCGCUGGGGUCCAGGCUGGCGGCGGCAGCUGGCCAGCGCGUGGUCCCUGCUCCAGCAGGAGGAGUACGUGCACCUCAGCCUGCUGCAGGGCCUGAGUCGCCAUGUCCUGCCUGUGCUGGGCUCCUGUGGCCACUUCUACGCGGUGGAGUACCUGGCUGCCGGCAGCCCCCAGCACAGUGCUCUCUUCCCUCUGGGCCAGGCUGCUCCCCGGGGCGGCCAGGCCCAGGCGCAGGCCAUCAGCCACAUCGCGCUCAGCUUCCUGGACAUGGUGAGCCAUUUCGACCAUGACUUCUCCCACCGUCUUCACCUCUGUGACGUCAAGCCCGAAAACUUUGCCAUCAGGAGUGACUUCACAGUCGUGGCUAUUGAUGUGGACAUGGCCUUUUUUGAACCUAAAAUGAGGGAGAUUCUUGAGCAGAAUUGCACAGGAGAUGAAGACUGCAAUUUCUUUGACUGUUUUUCAAAAUGUGAUUUGCAUGUGAACAAAUGUGGAGCUCAACGUGUCAACAGCAACCUGCAGGUAAUCUGUGACAAAAUAUUUCGCCACUGGUUCUCCUCAACUCUCAAGAGCUCUGCUGUCUCCUUCCGGCUCCGGUGGCAAUUACAGCGGGCUGUACAGGAAUGCACGGACCUAGAAGUCUCCACUGGGAACUGGAGAGCAGCCCCCAGCGUGUUCUGGAAGCUUCGCAGGCUCCUUCAAGCCCUGCUGAAGGAGCUGCAGGAGGCAGAGAAGUAG